GUCUUCCAGGUCGAGUUUCCCGUGUCGAGUGUUUUGCGAGACAGGGUUGAGCUCGAAGGGCAAUGCUAGAGGAAGACAGUAACAAUUCUGUCCCUCCUGAAGGUCGUGGAAACCAUGUACAGCUCUUUGGUUUGGAUCCUGAGGUGCUCCCCUGAAGGAGGCUGGGAAUCAUUGCACGGUGAUGUUCACCUGUUCCUGAGGCAUCUGUGAGCAGGAGUCCUCACCUGUAAGUUCCACGAAACACCGCGGAUGGGUGCAAAAGAGUAGAAGAAAAGAUCAUCCAGCAGCGCAAGCGAAGUAGAAACUCCUGCAGUAGCAGCAAUCAUACUGACCUCGAGCGAGUCGUGAAACGGGUCGAUAAGUGAGUAUCUCAACCUCAUUGACGCGUUGCGACGCGCGACAUCAACACCACGAAACUGGCCAAAGUGAAAGAUCACCACUGCCUCCAGCCAAGAUAGGACACUUGAAUCUGCCGCACUUCCCAGCCUCUCCCACGGUGAGGUUCUCUCAAUUGAUGAGAUGCUUCAUCUCAUUCCCAACUUCCUCUCAAUCUUUCUCUCCAUUCCAUCCUCCCUCAAUCAUCAUCUUUCGCCUUGAACAAGACCCUCAGACCCCCUAUCACACUCAUCAUUCUUACAUAUUGCAUCCGUACAUCACAAAACCUGGUCACAAUCUCAAAAUGUCUCUCACUACCACCCUCACGCUUCCAUUGAGAGGCGUCAGGCCCAAAUCUCUCACCCUCGACCCAAUCUUUACUGUCCUCUAUGAGAACAAUGAACAAGCACUAUCUCAGCUCGUUUACAACAGAGCGCCUCUUCCUCUCGACACUGUCGUCCAGAACCCAACAUUCCUCGAAUACCUCUUGACCAAGGAGCCCGGCCCAGGCAUCGAAUAUGACAAACUCAGACCAGCAGUCUCCGCCUUGCGUGGUUAUCUGGUCAUGUCUUCAUAUGGCAAACAACUCCUGGACUUCUACAGAGCUUCCCUCCAAUACCAAGGUCAAUGGAUCGUUGCAGCAGCUGAGCAAUGCGCCUUUGAGAUCUGGGCCAAACUCGUUCAAGCCUUGUUCAUCGACCGCAACGACAAACAACUGCUGACCUCAAUCAUCAAGAUCAUCCCAAAUGCCGCUGUUGAUCUCUGGACCAAUGACUUUAUCAACCACAACCAAUUCAACACCCUCGUGGUCAAUGAGCAAGCACGACUCCGUAGAGCCACUCAAGAAGCCGGCCACCGACUCUACCUCUUCAAGACGUCCACCAAUUUCUGGAACCAGCAUUGCAAAUUGGUCGCCUCCAUUGAACAUUGCGAGAAGAAGCUUCAAGAACUUCGCAACAGAGCUGCCGAACGCAAGAGUAAACGAGAGGAAGGUGCCCGUACCGUCUGCAUGCAGAACGAAGGCAACCUUCACCGACAGAUGGGCAUGGCUGGCAUGACUCCACAUCUUCCUCAUGUCGAGGAUUCGGUCGUCGAUUGGGUCAAGGAGACCAAGAAUGACUUGUUCAACUUUGACGAUCUUAUGGAUGAGCCCAUCGACUUCGAUCAACCCAUCAACGGUGCUGCCUUGGACAUGGACGGGAUUGACGAAUUCUUCCAGUUCCCGCCCAUGUUCUGAUCUUCACCUCGCUUCACUUUACUUUACUUUGCUUCACUUCAAUCCAGAGAGAUUGAAUCAAAUUGAACACCUACUUUCUCGCCAUCGUGACCAAGAUGUCACUUCGAGUCUCAUCGGCCUUGAUGCGCACAUCCGGCGCGGAUUGCAUCUCACACAGCAAGGAGAACCCUGACAGAGCCACAGGCUCAACGGGCUGCAUCAAGAAUGCCUGAUGACAGAAUCAGUCAGUCUGACGGAAGAGAUCGAGAACUUUCAUAUCCUGAGAACAUGACAUGGGCAUUGGAAGUCAUGUACUUCCUUGGUCCCAAUCGAGAGCAGCAUGGCCCCGUCAUAUCGAGUCCAUCAAGAUCUGGUCUCACACACAGUUAUACCAAAAGAGACGGCUGCAGAAUGGCUGCUUCCAUAGGAAUUCAGUUUGGAACAGUUGAGUAUCACAAAAGUCAAUAAGAAUGGCUGCAUCCAUAGAAUACCAGUUUGGAUCAGUCGAAUGAAUGUCACAAUUGUUGAUU